AUUGGGUGUGAUUAACAACCUUGAUACACAAUAUUCCACAUUUAACGGCUAGCAAAAACUAAUCAACAAAACUUCAAAUUUCUUUAAUAAUUCAUAUUUGCCCCCAUCUUAAUCGCUCCCUCCUACAACAGGCUCCAAAAAACUAGCCGUUACGGAGCUCCGUGUCCAACGUUCAUCUUAUUUUCCCUCUUUUUCACCUUCUCACAAUCAACGCCUCCAAAUUCUCCAUUUUUCUCUCUCUCUCCUACUUUCUCGAGUGAUUUCAGUUGAAGGAAGCAACAAUGGCGACUCCAACAAAAGACCCACAAAGUGUUCGAUCAAAUGCCGCAAAGAAUCAAGAGAAUUCUAACCCUAAUUUGAAAUCAUCUCCUUCGAUUAAAUCUGCGAAAUCCCAGAAAUCUGCGAGUAAAAACCCGAUUUCUUCUUUUGUAUCGCCCAAGAAGAAGAUCAGGGAGAGGAAAUUUGUGGUUGCGAAGAAGAAUAAUGCGAAUAAGCAAGAAUUGAAUCGGAAUUGUAAGUGUAAAGAUAGGGUUAAUGGGAAGUGUUUGUGUGUUGCUUAUGAGAAUUUGAGGGUUUCUCAGGAAGAGUUUUUUAAGAGUAGGGAUGAAAAUGAUGGUGGGGUUGAAGAGUAUGAAGAUUUUGAUAAACCCAGUAGUGAGAAAUUAGAACUUGGGGGUGUAGAUGAUGUGGGUGAUUGCGAACCGGAGGCGGCUGAUUCUCCGAAAGGGGUGGGUAGUUCGACUACGAAACGAAGGCGGGAUAUAUUGUUGCAGGAGGCAAGGGCUAGUGUUCCGGAGCCGGGUUCAGGGAGGGUUUUGCAUCUAGUGAAGGCAUUUGAGAAGCUUUUGACAUUGCCUAAGAAAUCGGAGGGUAACAAAGAUGAUGAAAAUGAGGUGGAGGAUGAGGAGGAUACAAAGAAGGGGAUUAAAUGGGCGUUGCCGGGUUUGCAGCAGCCUCCUAGAGCACCCGAAACACAGGAAUCGUCGUCUGCUUUUUGUCCCGGAGAAUUGUUCUUCAAUGCUGAAAGCUUGGGGAUGGAUGCACAUGUUACUUCUUCAUUAGAUAGUAGCAGGGGAAGUGUUUCGAGCAGAAGUUCGAUUGGAAGUCGAAGAAGAAGUGGCUCAUUUUCUUCAGGGACUGUUGGUGGAAGCAAGUGGAAGAAGAAGCAACAGCAUAGAGUCACUUCCCAGAGACCAUUUAGGCUGAGGACUGAGCAAAGAGGAAAAAUGAAGGAGGAGGAGUUUGUGAAAAAAUUACAAGAAAUGAUGAUUGAAGAGGAGAAGCAGCGGAUACCUAUUGCACAAGGCCUUCCAUGGACAACUGAUGAACCAGAAUGUCUGAUAAAGCCACCAAUUAAAGACAUAACAAGGCCAAUCGACCUGAAGCUGCACAGCGAUGUAAGGGCUGUGGAACGGGCAGAGUUUGACCACCAGAUUUCUGAAAAAUUGACGUUGAUAGAGCAAUACAAACUGGAUAGAGAGAGGCAACAGAAGCUAGAAGAGGAGGAAGAAAUAAGAAGAUUAAGAAAGGAACUCGUCCCGAAAGCUCAGCCCAUGCCUUACUUUGACAGGCCUUUUGUCCCCAGGAGGUACGGGGUCAACAAAGCAACCAACGAUUCCAAAAGAUCCAAGGUUUCAAUAUCCCCAGCAAAAGAAAAUUAAGUGUUGUGAUUCAUGGAAUGACUUGAAUGAUUAUAUCCAUGCAGCAUGACUGGAACCAAUCUUAAACAUCACAUUUUCGAAGCAAUUCUCAGUGUUGCCUAUCCUUGAAGAUGUCAUAAUUCUUUUGUUCAUAAUAUUUUUUUUUUUUUUGUUUUCUUACAACUUGCACACAAGUGUUUCUCAAUAUGAGUUUGAAGAACAAACGGUUGCCAUUAACUCCGUAAUUAGUACACAAGAUGAAUUAAUGUAUUUCUUGCUAUCUU